AUGUCCCCAAUUCUUUCUCAUUCACAACACAUAAGAUCUUCAUCUCCUUCAACUGCAUCUAUUCCAAAUACUUCGUCUGCAUCUGUUAUUCAACAAUAUCAAACUUCACUUUUGUCGGUACCACCAUUUAUUCAAACAGCUUCUUCUUCUGCUCAGCAAAUUCCUAUUUUACCGUCAACAAAUAAUUCACAACAUCGAACGAAUAAUUUACAGUAUUCGACAAAUAAUUCACUACAUUCAACAAAUAAUUCGCAGCAUUCGACAAACAAUGCACAACAUUCGACAAAUAUUUUGCAGCAUUCGACUAAUAAUUCGCAACACUUAACAAAUAAUUCACAACACUCGACAAAUAACUCACAGAAUUUAAUAAUCAAUAAAAUACAUUAUAAAAAUUUACCAUUUUAUCAUACAAUAACGUGUGUUUAUGAACGUUAUAAUGUAUUUCAUUAUGAUACAUAUCGAAAACAGUAUACAUCAUAUGAUGAAUUUAUUUUACCAUUAGAUAUAUGUAAUCAAUUAGGUUUAUCAUAUGAUUAUGAUCCUAAUCUUAAUCUUCAUAAAACAAGUAAAUGUCUUCUAUUACGUCUUGCACGUAUUGAUCAACCAGCAACAUUUCAUGGACAAUAUGAAGAUAAUCUUCCACCAAAUUUAGCUAUUAUUGUUAAUGGACAUACUUUAACAAAUUUACCUUUACCAAAAGCUUGUACACGACAACAAAGUGAUUUAAUGCGUAUUGGACGUGAAAUUGAUUUAACAUCAUAUAUGAUGUUUAAUCCAAUAUUAAAAAAUGAACUUCGUAUAACAUGGACAUAUCGCCUAGAGAAUACAAGUUUACAUGUACAAUAUGCUAAUGCUAAAUAUGCAUUACAUAUAUUUCUUGUUGAACAUUUAACAAUUGAUCAAUUAUGUGAAAAAAUUAUAAAAAAACCAUUAAAAUUUUAUCGUCAAGAUUCAUUGAAAUUAGUAGCUAAAGCAUGUGCUAAAGAUCGUGAUCUUGGUUUAGAAGUUAGUGAUCAAAAACUAAAAUUAACAUGUCCAAUUGAUCAAAGACGUUUAAGAAAACCUAUACGAGCAACAACUUGUCAACAUCUACAAUGUUUUGAUUUAACAAAUUAUAUUGCUUUAAAUGAGAAGUCCAACAAAUGGAUAUGUCCUGUUUGUAAUAAACCAGCUCUAUUUGAUGAUUUACAAAUUGAUACAUAUACAGAAUCAAUAUUAAAUUCAAUAAAAAAUGAAAAUAUAACCGAAAUAACAAUUAAUGCUGAUCUUCAAUGGACACCUGUUAUACAAUCGAAAAUAGAAGAUGAAUCAAUUGGUGUCAACUCAAACAUAAAUAUAAUUUCAUCAUCGCAUGAUCCUAUUUUAAUUGAUGAUGAUUAA